UGCGUAUGGGUGAAGGGACGUGAGAACUACCUCUCCCAUGAUGCCUUGCGCUCAAUGGUGUUGUCGUAAUAGAACGCGACAAAAUCUAUUGCUAAACAAACCAAACACGGGUGAUUUAAUUUAAACAUGGAGGUGGAAAAGCCAAAAGAAGAGGAGCCAAAGGAAGACUGCGCUCCAACCCAGCCGACAUCUGCAGCUCCCUGUCCGUCUAAGAAGCCGGGCCAGGCUCUGUACGUCCCCAAACAGCGCCGCCAGGCCGCUAAAGACAAAACUCAGACUCAAGGUGAGGAUAAACCAAAACCCAAACCUCGAUAUACAGACAAGGCACGAAAGAACGCCAAAAACAGGAAGGACAAGGCCAACAGCAGCACCCCUGUUGGAGAUGGAGACGUGAAGGAGGAGAGGCUACAGGAGCCGGAGCUGGAGGUCAAUGGCCAGGGAGAGGCUGAAGCUUCCUCCCAGCAGGAAGCUGCAUCCGCUCAGGAUGAGAAAGAGGAAGAAGAGAGCUGGGAAACUUUGUUCAACGAUGAGGGAGACUGUUUAGAUCCACAUCUGCUGGAGGAGCUGAGUGUGGCGGAGGGCAGAAAGAAGAAGUCCAUACAGGAACGUAGAUUCGAUUACUACAACAUGGAGAUGGACGACGAUGAAGAGAUUGACCUCACAGACGACGAACUUUCUCAUAUUGUGGAAAUCUACGACUUCCCCCCAGAGUUUAAGACGGAAGACCUUCUCAAGUUAUUUCAGUGCUACCAACAGAGAGGAUUUGACAUCAAGUGGAUCGACGACGCACAUGCCCUGGCUCUCUUCUCCAGCCCAAUAGCAGCCCGAGAAGCUCUAAGAUCCAAAAACCCACUAAUGAAGUUGAGACCGCUUUCCAAAUCCUCCAACGCCACAAAGGCUAAGGCCCGCAACUGCUCAGACUACCUCCUUCCUGCUAAAGAGCGGCCUCAAACUAGUGCAGCGCUGGCUCGGAAGCUCGUUAUCGGCGCCCUCGGUGUGAAAAGCAACAUAACGAAGGAGCAGCGAGAGGCAGAGAGGCAGAAACUCCAGCAGGCAAAAGAACAAAAGCGUCUGGCAGCCAAACAAAAGGAAGACGCUUGGGAGGGAAAUUGAAUCAACGUAGAUUUUAAAAAAGAAUAAAAAAAAA